CAAAACAAAACAUUUUUUUUGCUAGUGUAUCACUAAGCAUGCAUGAAGUACAAUACGGGUUCGGAUUCUCCCAUGCCCGCCCGUUUUAACAUUUUCAGUGAUAAGCGAAAUCUUUGAUACUCUCUCAGGCUUCAAUGGAGAAAAAUGGCGGAGACAAAACUUUGUUUCCCAUUUUCCCUCAAAACUGAAAGAAUGGCUUUUUAUCUGCAAUUCAGUUACCCCAUCUCAACCUUUUCGUGUUCCAACCUUUAUAAUGGAACUAGAACUCAACCCUUUAAAUUCUUGUGUACUUCUUCUUCUCCACAAUCUGAUUCUUCCAACAGUAGAGAAGAAUCUAUUAAAGACUCAUCUGGGGAAAAUGAUAAAGGGCAUGUGAUUCUGGUGGAGAAGUACAGGAAUGGAAAUUUGAAAAGGUAUGUUAUAGAUAAUGACUCUGAAAUGAAAAUGUUUCUUGAGGAGCAUGUGCCCACAACUACUGGAUCCCAAGAUCUUGAUAUCUCUGGCAUGGAGUUAUCUUGGCUCCCUAAGGUUAUCAAGGAUUUUGUGUUACCAUCAGGUUUUCCAGAUACAGUUUCAGAUGAUUACUUGGACUACAUGUUGCUUCAGUUCCCAACCAAUGUAACUGGAUGGAUCUGUCACACGCUGGUGACUUCAAGUCUCUUAAAGGCGGUUGGGGUGGGCUCUUUCUCCGGAACUUCCGCAGCUGCUUCUGCUGCUGCCAUCAGAUGGGUUUCAAAGGAUGGAAUUGGUGCCCUUGGACGCUUUUUCAUUGGUGGGCGGUUUGGCAAUAUUUUUGAUUAUGAUCCUAAACAAUGGCGCAUGUAUGCAGAUUUCAUUGGCAGUGCAGGAAGUAUAUUUGAUCUCUGUACCCCUCUCUAUCCAUCUUAUUUCCUACCUUUAGCAUCUCUUGGAAAUCUUGCGAAGGCUGUAGCUAGAGGGCUAAAGGACCCUUCAUUCCGGGUUAUACAAAACCACUUUGCUAUUGCUGGAAAUUUGGGAGACGUAGCAGCAAAGGAGGAAGUCUGGGAAGUAGCUGCUGAGCUGCUGGGUCUUUCUCUCGGCAUACUAGCUUUGGAUACACCUGGUAUCUCAAAGUCUUAUCCUACAUUGGCACUAACAUGGUUAAGUGUGCGGAUCCUACAUCUUUGGUUUCGCUAUCAGUCUCUUUCAGUUCUGCAAUUCAACACGAUAAAUCUCAAACGGGCUCGCAUAUUAGUGAACUCUCAUGUGUUACACUGUACAGUUCCAGGAAUCAAUGAAUGCAAUAGGAUGGAAAGCAUCUUAUUGUGGCAAAGAUUCUUAAGGCCACAAAUUAUUUUUGAGGUAUCUUUGGAGGAGAUGAUCAAUGGGGGCAAAUACAGAUCCAUGCAAAUCAAGCAGCUCCUUCAUAUGUACAAGGAGGAAGAAUAUUUUCUUGUAGUAAAUCAACAAAAGCUAACACAUUUUCAGGUCUUUGUAUCUUUCAAGGAAGGAGCCACAAGCCUAUCCGUGUUUCGAAGUGUAUGGCAAACCUAUUGGCUAUAUCAAAACUGGGGCUGGUCAGAUAAUAUCUUUGAUCGACUUGAACAGAGCUUGGUCGAAUUAAGAGAUAGAUUUCCUGAUCUACUACAACAACUAACUGAUGCUGGAUGGGAUACAAAUAGUUUAAGUUUAAAGGUCCCAAAAGAAAUGUUGAUCAAGGAGCUGAGUUAAUUUCACAUAUGACCACUGAGUUUUAUCCACUACAACAGUAAACCUACGUUUUUGUCUUUUUAAAGUAAUUGAACUUUACCUACUGUUAUAGUGAGGAAAGUUAAGUAACCAUACGUGAAAUUAACUCUUCAUGCAGCGUAACACCAGGGAAACACCUGUCUGCAGUUGAUCUUACUCCAAAGUCCUCACUAACUUUUUUUGCCUGUUUGAUGGGUCGUCGUCUCAAGUUUACCUUCACUGUCCCUUUUGCCAUUGGAUGACAAGUUUUCAAUGGCCUCGUCUCCUUGGAAGAGAUCGAUGCACAAUUGGAGUCAAGUUUAUUGUUAUAGUAAUAAAUCAGCUUGGUAAAUUUUUUUGCAGUUUAUGGAAAAAUGCUGCUGGCAAAUGAGAUAAUUUGUACAUGUUCAGGAAUACCAUUUUAAGUCUUUCUUUUUGUGCUGGUAAAUUUUAGUCUAUUUAUGUGAAAUUUAGAAGGAAGCUGUCGUCCUUGUUACUUGAAUAAUACUCGUGCAAGUUUAUUUUUAUCGAAAACCUUAAAGGGCUAAAGUUACCCUUGAACUAUUUGAAA